UCAAAUUUAUUCAAUAACACUACACUGUUUCCAAUUUUAAGACGAAGCAAUUGCAAUAAGAGAGUCACUGCCCCCUGGCUGGGCAAGGAGCAGCUGGCAAACCUGCUGCCUCCAAAGCCCUUCUCCUAGCCUGGAAGCAGUGAGGGAUUCAAGAUGCUCCGGACCUGUCGAGUGCUCUGUUCCCAAGCUGGCCCCUCUCCUGGGUGCUGGCAGCCCCUGAGCUUUGAUGGGGAGGCCUUCCACCUCAAGAGCACAGGAGAAUUGACACGGGCUUUGCUGGUGCUGCGGCUAUGUGCCUGGCCCCCUCUGGUCACCCACGGGUUGGCGCUCCAGGCCUGGUCUCAGCGACUCCUGGGCUCCAGGCUCUCAGGCGCACUUCUCCGAGCGUCCAUCUAUGGGCAAUUUGUGGCUGGAGAGACGGCAGAGGAGGUGAAGGGCUGUGUCCAGCAGCUCUGGACUCUAGGCCUCCGGCCCCUGCUAGCAGUGCCCACUGAGGAGGAGCCAGACUCGGCUACCAAGACUGGUGAGGCCUGGUACGAGGGGAACCUCAGCGCUAUGCUGCGGUGUGUGGACCUGUCACGAGGCCUGCUGGAGACCCCUGGCCCAGCUGGAAACAACCUCAUGCAGCUGAAGGUGACGGCGCUGACCAGCACUCGGCUCUGUAAGGAACUAACCUUGUGGGUCAGAAGGCCAGGGGCCUCCUUGGAGCUGAGCCCCGAGAGGCUGGCAGAAGCCAUGGACUCUGGGCAGAACCUCCAGGUCUCCUACCUCAACGCCGAGCAGAACCGGCAUCUCCAGGCUUCCCUGAGCCGCUUGCACCGGGUGGCACAGCAUGCCCGGACCCAGCACGUGAGGCUCCUGGUGGACGCAGAGUAUAUCUCGCUGAACCCCGCACUCUCUCUGCUGGUGGCUGCCCUGGCUACGCGCUGGAACAACCCCGGGGAAGGUGGGCCCUGGGUGUGGAACACCUACCAGGCCUAUCUAAAGGACACACAUGAGAGGCUGGAGCGGGAUGCUGAGGCCGCACACAAGGCUGGCCUGGCCUUUGGAGUGAAGUUGGUACGAGGCGCGUAUCUGGACAAGGAGAGGGCAGUGGCCCGGCUCCAAGGGACCGAAGAUCCCACCCAGCCUGACUAUGAGGCCACCAGUCAGAGUUACAGCCGCUGUCUGGAGUUGAUGCUGAACCAUGUGUCCCACCGUGGCCCCAUGUGCCACCUCAUGGUGGCUUCCCACAACGAGAAAUCUGUUCGUCAGGCAACAAAGCGUAUGUGGGAGCUGGGCAUUCCUCCAGAUGGGCCUGUCUGUUUCGGACAACUUCUGGGCAUGUGUGACCACGUCUCCCUGGCACUGGGGCAGGCUGGCUAUGCAGUGUAUAAGUCCAUCCCCUAUGGCUCCCUGGAGGAGGUGAUCCCCUACCUGAUCCGGAGGGCCCAGGAGAACCGGACUGUGCUUCAAGGUGCCCGCAGGGAACAGGAGCUGCUCAGCCAAGAAUUGUGGAGGAGGCUGCUGGGCGGAGGCCUAAGGGUACCCCAUUAG